AUGACGGUACACACACACACACACACGCCUCUUAACCUGGGCAUGAUCGCAGCAUACUACUACAUCAACUACACCACCAUAGAGUUGUUCAGCAUGUCUCUGAACGCCAAGACGAAGAUCCGCGGCCUGAUCGAGAUCAUCUCCAACGCAGCGGAAUACAAGAACAUUCCCAUAAGGCACCACGAGGACGCCCUGCUCAGACAGCUUGCCCAGAAGGUGCCUCACAAGCUGACGAACCCGAAGUUUAACGACCCGCACGUGAAGACCAACCUGCUGCUGCAAGCCCACCUGUCUCGCAUGCAGCUGAGCGCAGAACUGCAGUCCGACACCGAGGACAUACUCAGCAAGGCGGUGCGCUUGGUCCAGGCGUGUGUGGACGUGUUGUCCAGUAACGGCUGGUUGAGCCCGGCGCUGGCUGCUAUGGAGCUGGCCCAGAUGGCUACGCAGGCCAUGUGCUCCAAAGACUCCUACCUCAAGCAGCUGCCUCACUUCACUGCAGAGCACAUCAAGAGGUGCUCAGAGAAGGGUGUGGAGAGCAUCUUUGACAUCAUGGAGUUGGAGGAUGAGGAGAGGAACGCGCUGCUGCAGCUGAGCGAAGGAGAAAUGGCCGACGUGGCGCGAUUCUGUAAUCGCUACCCCAACAUCGAACUCUCCUACGAACUGGCAGACAAGGACUCCAUCAAGAGUGGUGGUCCUGUGCUGGUGUUGGUUCAGUUGGAGAGAGAGGAGGAGGUCACCGGCCCGGUUAUCGCUCCAUUCUUCCCCCAGAAACGUGAGGAGGGCUGGUGGGUGGUGAUCGGAGACCCCAAAUCCAACAGUCUCAUCUCCAUCAAGAGACUCACACUGCAGCAGAAGGCCAAGGUGAAGCUGGAUUUCGUGGCUCCAGUUCAGGGUGUGCACCACUACACUCUCUACUUCAUGAGCGACGCCUAUAUGGGCUGCGAUCAGGAGUACAAGUUCAACGUGGACGUCAAGGAGGCCGACAGCGAGGGAGACAGCGACUCAGACUAGACACACACACACACACACACACACACACACACAGACACACACACACACACACACACACACACACACACAGCAUAGUGUAGUGUAGACGGCAAGGAGGCCGACAGCGAGGGAGACAGCGACUCAGACUAGACACACACACACGCACACACACUCAGCAUAGUGUAGUGUAGACGUCAAGGAGGCCGACAGCGAAGGAGACAGCGACUCAGACUAGACACACACACACACACACACACACACACACACACAGCGUAGAUGUGAUGUGUCUCCUCUCCCCAAUGUGUGUGUGUGCUUCCUAAAGUACUGGAUCCCUGGUGCUAGAUCCCUAUUGGCUGUUUCUUGAGUGUCUGUCUCUGCUCUCUUCUCUCCUGUUGUAACACUUUGGAGUUUAUUAUAAUUCUUUGGUCAUUUUAUAGUUAAAAACCCAAACCUACGACUUCUUUUUUUAUUAACCUUAUACUGUGUCAACAUGAAGACAAAUUAAAUACAAUUUGAUGUUAGAAAUGGUUGUGAUCAUGUGUGAUUCUAGUGAAAACACACACACACACGGUGGCAUGAAUGUAUUUCUUAUUUGAGACGUCAGUUUUACCUUUUCCUGUCAAUACUGCUUGUUUUUGAAGUGUACUCUGUCAACAGGAAGCCAGUCAAAAUAAAUUAAAAUGAUUUCGGGAAUUA